AUGUUUAGGCGUGGACCCUCCCUUGAGCUAUCCGCAACCAACUCUCCCAAAGCUGCCACUUUCAACGGAACACUGCGGCACAUUUUUAUUUUGUCCAUGAUCCUCCAAAACCAUUGCAAGGAUCAACAACCCCCUAUCAUUGCCCUCUCCACUCUUUACCAUUCUAUUCGCCCGAUUUUCUCUUCGUUCACUCCUUUCCGGAUCGGAUUCCGUAUACUUGAGCUCCGUUUCUUUUACCUGGCAAUACACUCAUUCAUCUUUCUACUACAAUUAUGA